AUGGAUCUCCCAUUAUGGCUGGGUGAAAUGCUUUCAAUCGGAGCAAGAUUGGGAACGUCUCGUCUGGUCACGCUUGAUAUGCCUGAUGCGCUUUCGGAGCGCGUUAUGAAUGCGCUGAAGGCUGAUCCUCGAACGCUUGAUCUUCGUGCCUUAGCGCCGCAUUUCUACAAUCUCAGCGAGCGGAUUCUAGAACUUUUCGAAGAAGAAGAGAUGGUUGAUGUUCUAACUGAUACAUUUAAGAAACGAGCUGCCGAAAUUGCCGACCACGCACACAACUCACGGGGUGCGGUUGGUGACGGUGUUGAUUUCCUUCGGGGGUUGGACGAGACCGAGCGACAAUUAUUCCGGGCUGCUCAUGACCGGGCCAAGGAAAUGCGUAUCUGGUCUGGCGAGGCGAGACGCAAAUGA